UUUGUCACCGUUUUACUUUAUUCAAAAACAGACAUUUCAGAUUGUAGUGUUACUUCUUUCUGAUGUGCCAUUGAUGACUGUGCGUAUAGUUAUAUAUUGAAUAAGAUGUUCCACUAGGAUACACAACAGGUAUUAUCUGAAGAUAAAUAAUGAAACUGUGCAUUGGACGUUUCUCGGCUUGGCACUUAUUUCAAAGUUUUUUGCUACAUGUUAUUUUCUGGUGGACACUCAAGAUGGAGUCGGACAACGAUAUAAACAGCCACUAUAACAAUGUAUGUGAUUCAUUUGAUAGUAUGAAUUUAAAAGAAAAUCUUUUACGUGGAAUUUUUGCAUAUGGUUUUGAAAAACCUUCUGCAAUACAACAAAGAGCCAUAAUUCCGUCAAUUGAAGGACGCAAUGUUAUAGCUCAAGCUCAGUCGGGUACCGGGAAAACGGCCACAUUUAGUAUUGCCAUUUUACAACAAAUCUGCACGAAUGAUCCACGUUGUCAAGCUUUAGUACUGGUUCCAACUAGGGAAUUAGCGAAACAAAUUCAAAUGGUUGUUCUAGCACUUGGUGAUUAUAUGAAUAUUAGUUGUCAUGUUUGCAUCGGUGGUACACAAGUAUCAACUGAUAUCGAACAGUUAAAGUUAGGUCAACAAAUUGUAGUUGGUACACCUGGACGUGUUUUCGACAUGAUUAGUCGUGGUUAUUUACGUACAAAGACAAUUAAAUGUUUUGUAUUGGAUGAAGCGGAUGAAAUGCUUAGUUUAGGGUUUAAAGAUCAAAUUCAAGAUAUAUUUCGAUCACUUGAUCCAGCUGUUCAAAUUAUUUUAUUAUCAGCAACAAUUCCUGAUGAAGUAUUAGAAAUAUCAAAACAAUUUAUGCGUAAUCCAGUACGUAUUUUAUUAAAACAAGAAGAAUUAACAUUAGAUGGUAUACGUCAAUUUUAUGUUAAUGUUGAACAAGAAGAAUGGAAAUUAGAAACAUUAUGUGAUUUAUAUCAAUCAAUUACAAUAACACAAGCAGUAAUAUUUUGUAAUUCACGUAGAAAAGUUGAAUGGUUAACAAACGAAUUAAUUGAGCGUGAUUUUAUUGUAUCAGCAAUGCAUGGUGAAAUGGAACAAAUAGAACGUGAUAAUAUUAUGACAGCAUUUCGAAGUGGUUCAAGUCGUAUUUUAAUAUCUACUGAUCUAUUAUCACGUGGUAUUGAUGUACAACAAAUUUCAUUGGUAAUUAAUUUUGAUUUACCAACAAAUUUAGAAAGUUAUAUACAUCGUAUUGGUCGUGGAGGUCGUUUUGGUCGUAAAGGUGUUGCUAUCAAUUUUGUUACAUUAGCUGAUGAACGUUUAUUAAAAGAUUUAGAAAAAUUUUAUAGUACAAAAAUUAGUGAACUUCCAAUGGAUGUAGCUAAUUUAUUUUAGAAUUUAAAAAAAAAGAAGUAUAUCUUCAUAUUUGAUACAUACAAACCUACACACACACACACACAUGAAUAUAUGGUUGACAACCUUCAUUCAUUCAUUCGGAAAAGAACUUUCUUUUCUUUAUCAUAUACACAUAUCUAUUAUCGUUUUUAUUAAAGAACAGUUUAUUGAAUAUGUAUUUUCCCAAUUUGUUUUUCUCUUUUCUCCCUUCUUCUUCUUCUUCUUCUUCUUCCUCUUCUUCUUCCUCCUCUUCUUCUUCUUCUUCUUCUUCUGUAUUUCAGUUUUAUCUGUCAAAAAUGAUAAGUAAAAACUCAUCUUUAACUGAAUUAUGUAUUCUCUUUGUUCAUUCAUAAACUUGUUGGAAUAUAAAUGAACCUUAUUUGUUGUUGUUAGAUGAAUAGUGCUGGUGGGUGAUGGUCUAUACUCCUCCACGAGGAGUGACAGGUGUAAGUAAGUUUGUUGUUGUUGAUAAUUCACUGUUUCUUCUUUUCAAUACAGUAUUCAUGGAUCUUGUUCAUUGUUACUUCUAAUGAAUAGCAUGUUUAAUGUGUUCGUAUUGAAUUCUUCUCAUUACAUUUAAUUGGAUUGAUAUUAGACAAUAUUCAUUUAUUCCUUGACUUCUGAUUAGUAGUCAUCUUGUUCUUCUUCCUUUUAGAUCUUGUAUGUGAUGAAUUGUCUUUUUGUUGACGUUGUUGUUGAUGAUGAUGAGGAUUCACUGUUUCUUCUCUUCGAUACAAUGUUAAUAAAUCUUGUUCAUUAUUACUUCUAAUGAGUAGUAUGUUUAAUCUGUGUUCCCAUUUUGUUUCUUAUGAUUGGAUUGAUGUUAAACAAUGCUCAUUUAUUCCUUGACUUCUGAUUAAUAGUCACCUUGUUCUUUUUUUAUGAUCUCGUAUGUGUUGAAUCAUCGUCUUCUUCUUCUUUCUUUUCCCCCACUCAAUUAGUUCUGUAUAGAAAGCUUUCAUUUCUUUUUAUAUUUCUAUUCUUUAUUUAAAAAAAGAAGUAACUUUUAUUAUAGAAAUCAACAACACUGGUUGUGAUGGUUUAACUGCUGUAAACAGUAUAAUAUUGAUUCAUGAACAAAUAAGAAUAAAAAAGUACAUUGAUAAUUCAUCUGUUCCUACUGUGUUCACAAUUCGCGUAUUGCUAUGUAUUUUCUUCUUCCAAUUGUUGCUAAGAGCAUCAUUAGUACCCCUUUUUCUUGUCUUAUCUAAUAGUAUGAUAUUAUGAUUGGUAUCUAUCGAACUAUAUAUUCUGUUGUAUGUUGAAUUAAGGACUGAUUGUUUCAUCUAGUUCUUUGAAGACAAUGUGUGUGGGUGUGUGUGUGGUGUCUUUCAGAUGUCUACUUGUCAAUUGUUUCUGUUACGAGGGGAUAUCAUUGAAAUUUUAAAAAAAAAGGACUUGCUUUUUGUUUUUGUAAAUGUGAUUAUUCAUCAUUCUAUACACCUUUCUGUCUUACUUCUCUAUGGUUGGUUAUUUGGAUCGCACUCCUCUUUUUUUUGUGUUGUUUGUCAUCUUAAGCCUGUAUCAUCAUUAUUACUGAUAAUAUCAUUAAUAUUACUCUAUUUUAAUUGCAAUUAGUAACUCAUGGUCAAUAGUCUUCGAGUAUAAAUAUGAAAAGGUAGCCAUUUUAUUUAUGUAUGUACUAUUUUAGUAUUGGAUUUAAAUUGAUUCAUUCAUUAAUUACAUAUUCGUAGAUGGUAUUCGUCAUACGAACACU